UUUUGUGUAAUAAUUUUAAAUUAAAAGGGAAAAAUGUCAGCCUCAGUAGGUAGAAGAAUUUUCGUGCAUCUUUGUAGUAAUCAUUUGAAAAGCUUGCCGACGCGUACGAGAAUCGUUAGGUUUUAUUCUGUUGCGAAAGAAAAAUCACCGAAACCAGAAGACAAUGCGAUAAAUGGCAUGCCGGCUUCUGAACCAGGCAAAAUUUCUGCCGCAGUAUUGAAGAAAUUCUCUGAUCCCCUCAUUUUGGAAAACCUUGAACUUCCCAAAAUAUUGCAAGCAAAUGAAGUUCUUGUGGAUGUUCAAUAUUGUGCUCUAAAUGCAUCAGAUGCAUUGUUGUCAAAAAAUUUAUACAAAUUUGAACCAACUUUACCUAUGGUACUUGGUUAUGAAUUUGUUGGAAAAUUAGUUCAAGUUGGGGAAGAAGCAGAAAAACAAGGGUAUAAGGUUGGGGAUAAGGUUGUUGCUCUUAACAAAGAGCGGUAUGGAGGUUUAGCUGAACAAUGUAUAGCAGAAGUUUCUGAUAUCUGGAGUGUACCAUCUGGAGUAAAAUCCGUGGAUGCAGUGGGUAUAAUUAAUGAUUAUGUCACUGCUUUAGUUGCAUUAGAAAGAAAAGUUAGCAUUCAAGAAGAAGAUAUGAUUUUCAUUAAUGUUGGUAUAAGUGGUGUUGGUUUAGCAGCAGUUGAUCUUGCUACAAAUGUAUUCAGAGCUCAGGUAAUAAGUGUUUGUGCUUCUGAAGAUGGAGCAGCUCUUGCUCGUGAAAAAGGUGUAUUAGCAUCUUUCAAAUUUAAAGCUGGUAAAUUAUUAAGACAAAUUGAGGAGGUAGCUGCAGAGAAAGAUAUUAAAGCUAUAUUUGAAGGUACUGAUGGUGAUUAUUUUAAAAAGAUGUUAACUUGUUUUACUGAUAUCUACAAAAAUGGUGAGGUGAAAGAAUUAUUGCGCGAUGAUAGUUUUGGUGUGAUGGUUCAUCACCUCUCUCGUGAAGGGAGGGUAGUAAUUGCUGGAACAACAGCAACUGUGAAAGAUAGUGAUUCAGAUGCACCAAAGGAAAGCUUUACUGUUAGUGGAUUCAAUUUGACAGAGUAUAGGAAGAAGAAGCCUGAAGUUUAUCGACAAGCUGGAGAAGAAGUUUUAGAAUUUAUUGAAGAGGGUCUGAUUAAACCAACUUGUGUUUUAACUGUUAAGUUACCUGAAGUAAACGAUGCACUGGAAUUUAUUCUUAAAAAUCAAUCUCCAGGAAAAGUCAUUGUUGAUAUCAAAUGUAGGUAGGUUAAGACCAAAAAAUGGAAAGAGUAAAAAUGCUUUAUUACUGUAGACAGC